GGGGCGGAGCGGCCGCACCUGGGCGCCGGUACGGAGAGCGCUGCUCCGAGCCCUCCGCCAAACUUGGGGAGCGGGAGUUCGGGCAGCGCGCCGAGCUGCGCGAGGGGUCGGUACAAAGAGCGGCCCGAGGGGCUGCUGGCUGCCGCCGGUUGGUCGCCGUGCUGUAAAACUUGUUAGAGGAAAGCAUGGUGGCUGAGCGCUGUUUGACCUCGGUCCGGGGGCCGUGGGCUGGGUGUCCGCGUGUCUGGGAGCGGAGCUGUUUCAUGGAGGCCCAGCGCCUUCAGAGUUCUGUUCUGGGGCGAGGGCUGCGGGCUGUGCUCACCACACGUGAGAAGAAAAGCUGAAGUUGCCGUAUUUAGCGCUCCUAAGGUGAUUACCAGCAUUCCCAAUUAAAGCACCCGAGGCUGUGUCCCGUGUGACGGGCGCUGGGUAGGCUUCCUGUGCUGUUACUGCAGUUUUCACAGCACUCGUUCUUCUCAGCAUUAAAUGUAUCCCGUCAGUUUUUACUCUGUGCCCCCGGCUCGCUGUUUGCAGGGGGACGUGGUGUGGAGCCGUGUGUACACAAAGCUGCCUUUGCUUGUAACGUAACUGUCCUAUCCGUGACUCGGGCUUAAAGCAGGUUUUGUUUUGGUGGGAAAGAGCUGCUCUCACCAUUGCCUACAGAAAUAACGUGCGGGUCGUCGUAACGUGUCACACCUUGGCAGUUUAUGAGGUAAUUCUAUUAGGGAAUUUAACUUUACCAAUUAAGUACUCCGGGACUUUUUCAUUUGAAGUAAGUUCUGCACGACUGCCACAAUUGAAUGUAGUGUGCAGUACUGUUUCUCCAUCUCUGCAGCAGCAGCAGAAUGCACGAUAACUUCCCUGGUGUGUCACCUCCAGUCUUCCUCAGCUCUGCCCCAAAGGAAACACCUUUCAGAAGCAAUCCGGAAUUCCUGUUUGCUUGCCAUAAAAGGCUGAGACAAAGGAUGGAGCUAUCGGUAGUAAUACCUACUGUGUAGAUACUUGCUUGUUAGAACUUGUGAUCGAAGUUUUUUGUCUCGAGUUCCAAAGCAGCUGUUAUGUUUAUGAUGGAAGUUUUAGUGCUGUGGCAGGCUCAAUUAAAGCAGAGGCCUGGUGAUGAUUUACUGUUCGUUAUGCGGCUUGAGGAAAUUUAGGCCUCCGUCCAUUGUGUGAAGUUGUAUGAAGGAUGCUAGUUCUGCAGCGAGGUGUUGUUCGUGCCCGUCAUUGGCUCUGUCACAUCAUCCAAGGUGGUUCUCAUGCGACUUUCUACUAACUUAACGAUCUCACAGGCUGUUGUUUUGUUCUACAAAACCCAGGGGGAAAGCUUAGUCACUUCAUUUGUAUUUGCGGGCUUUCUGGUUUUCUGGCCUGGCUCCUCUCUUUUCUGCUCCUCUUGGUUCACUUGAAUUUGAUAACUCAGCACGCUGGAGUGAAAGAAGACUUAAGUGAGUUCAGCGUUCACAAAGCAUUUGCAUUUUAAAAUACUGGUGGGCAGGUCGGUGUUCUGUGGUGUUUUUGUGCAUUCUGGGUAUGUAGAGUGUACUGUCACACAAAACAGAUGUGGAAGGCACGUUGAGAAGUCCCCUUGUGUGGCCCUGUUACCUGCCUUGUGAGGCUGCCUGGUACCCUCAGUAGUUCCAGUCACCAGAGGGUCAGGUACCACUUCAGUACACUUCUGAAUGAGUAGUUGGUGAUGUGUGCCUCUGACAGGGUGGGUGCUCACGUGCCAUGUUGUGCUUUGCUUCCACCUUAGCUGCAGUUUCUCGUACUCUACAGAAAUGUAAAGGAGUAAUUUUUGCUUCAAAAUGUUAAAUUCUCCAGUAUUAUAGUUUUGUUACCUCACAUUUUGCUCAGUGCUUGCUUGGUGACAAAGGUUCCUUGAGAGUGAGAGCAGAAAGUGACUGGUUGGUUGGGCGGCAUGCUUGCUUGCACCUGGUAGCUGUGAGAUUUUAUAGGCGGGCUUUGAAGGUGUAACAAAAUCCCUUUAAAGUCUAAUCCAUGAUGUGUUACAGCGUAUCACCUUGCCCUGCCUGCGGUGGGUCCGGGUGAAAGUCUAAGCCAUGCUCUUUGUGACUGGGGAGGAGCUGAGGCAAGUUGCUUAUUGUUUACAAUAGAAAUGCAUGCGGUGACUUACACUCCAACAGAGGAACAGUGUUUUGUUCUCUUCAGGGACCUCAGCGCCCAGUUUAACUCAGGUGGAAGCAAUCCCAGCCCUACUGGUUUGCUCAGUUUGUGUUGGGGCACAUAGCUCAAAGAUAUGCAGUGUGAUGUUAGGGUAGUAGGAUGCACAUAACAAUGUACAUAGAACACAUAGGUGCUGUUUGACUUUUGACUAUUAGACUGAGACUAUACUGCUGCAUGUAUAUGAAAAAAUAAAGGCUUUCAUAAUUCAUCAAGUUUUAUAAUAUGUAAAACUAAUGCACACGCAGGCUUACCUUGCACACUCCCCUAAAAUACCUGUAUGUGCUUACUUUUAAUUACUUACUCCUUCAAUUUUUUUCAACCACAGCUCUGAAAAUAGAGCCAGUGAGACAGCAUUAUCGUGAAGGAGAGUUAGCAUUUGGGAUACCCUGGUGUUCCUGCACAAAUAGGUCUUACUGCUUGAAAAUAUACCUUGAAACCAGAAUUUAAGGAGCAUAUUAAUGUCCAUCUUGAAAAUUCAUUACUGCAAGUGAGCUGCCGCUCACUUGUAAAGAGGAGGAGAAAUUAAUCAAAAUACAAAAGCAUAACUGAUCUAAUUGGCAAGUGUGACUGAAAUAUUUGCCAUGGAAGAAAGUAAAUCUGAUUCUGUGAAACAUCUAAGCAGAUCACAGUUUGGCAGCGGUUUUGUUCCCCUGUGGGAUCACCAUUAUAAAUCCAAGCAGAACCUGGCUGUGCUGUGUGAACCUGGAAACAAAGUGAAGGGCGGGCAACAAGAUCCACAGCUUCUAACAUGUGGUGAAAGAAAAUUAAUUGAGUUCGGCAGUCUAAUGGACUUAAGUGUUUGUGUCCGUUCCUGUUUGGAUGCAGUGGUCGGUGCCUGAGAACCAAAAACUGGGGCUAUUGAGCAGCUGUCAAAAAUUAUAUGAGUAUUUGUUCAUGGGAUUUGAGACUCUCUUGAGAAAGGAGAGCUACUAUUUUUGAGAACACAUUUCUUUGCUCUGCUGAUGGACUAACCAAUUCCUUUUUCACUAGCUGGGAUAGUCUUCUCUUUUGUUGUUUAAAACGCACUGGAAACAAAAAUCUGUACCAUUCCCCCCCCCCCCCCCUUUUAACUUAUUUUAAAUACUUGUACGGAAUGGUUCCAGGUAAGCUCUUCUGUAAACAGAAGUGUGCCAAAUCACAGGUCUGUGUUGGGUUGUAAGCUGGUCAUUUCACAUCUAGCGAAGUUCAGGGUCCUGUGGAUUGGCAUGAUGCCAUUUUACCAUGGCAAAACCUGAUAAUGUUUAUGUUACAACACCUAACCAACCUUUACAAGUCUGUUUGUCUUAACUUUGUUCAGUUGCAAACUUGAAGCAGUCUCAGGAAAUUGAAGUUUGCAGGCUGCUGAGCAGCUGUAGUGUGGGUUGUAGCAAUAUCCUCUUCCCCCUUAUGUCCCACAGGGUACUUCAUCACUGGUUUGAUGUGAAAGUAGUUGAGCCGCUCAUGAAGAACAAAAUCCUUGAAUUACACACCAACAUAAUCAGUGGUAACGCACGCAUUGCCCCUUGGGAUAUUGAUGAGGUAGAUACUUUUCUAGUGCCACCAGCUCUCAAGUGAGAUCUUGCUGAGAAGUUGUCUUCUCUUUAUGUGUGCUACCUUUUGGCAGUCUUAACUGAGCUGUAUGUAGGGGAACAAAGACAUCUGGGAGACAGUGAUGGAAGGGAACAGGAUCAUCGUCUUUGUAGGUCCUAAUUUAACUAAUGUAAUGAAGUGUUUCUGAGCCAAGUUGAAGUUAGUAUAAAGGUUUGUCUAGUGUAAAAUCUGCCUGUAAGAUAGGAAGGGAAGUUGUGGCUGUAGUUACCUGAUCAUAAUCUCUGUUGGAAUAGCCAGCAUGUGAGUACUAAUUGUAGUGCUGGUUUCUCUCAAGUGCACUGAGAUCGCUAGCUUCUUUCUCACAGGGCACUGAAUGAUCAUUAAAUGCUAAUGACUUUUGAUUACUGUUGACCUCGGUCAAUUUAGAGUUAGUGACCUAGAGAUGAAAACCACUGUAUCUCAUUACCAAUUUCCUGAGCUAUCUGAUCUUUCCUUUGUAGGUCAGUUUUGAUAAGAGCAGAAUAGAAUUAAAGUUGACCCCUGUCUUAGAAAAGGGGUUGAACGCUUUCAGGUUGGCAAUAUCAUGCUUCGAAACAGCAACAACAACAGAAGGAAGCAGCUACUAGGAAAGAACUUAUCUUUCUGACCCCAUGGAUUGUCAAGAGCAAAACUUAUCAGUUCUAGUAGAAAAACAGCCUAUCACCUGUAACCUUGAGUUUCUCAUUUUGUAGCUGCAGGUUUUCUCAUCUCAAGCGUCCAUUUAUAAUUCUUGUUCUUACUUUGAGCUAUGAAGCAGCAAAUGAGUGUUCGUAGGAUAAAUUGCCAACUCUGCUCUGGGAUGUUUUCUACCUGCAAUUGCCAAACUAUGUGCAGGAUGAUAAAACCAUGUAUUUCAUGUUGUGAUGAAGCAUUUCACUUAAUUUCUUUCCAUAUGUGCAGAAGAGAAUGUGUGAUAAUUCACUGUUAUUGUUCGCUGUAGGCUCUUUAAGUGUAAGGUUUUUUUAUACAGUUGUGGUUUCUAUAGACUGCCAUUCAUACAGCAAACAUGGCAGUGAAUUCAUAAUGAAAAUGCGUGAUAGAUUUAAAUAUUCUUCCUCACUUUAAUAAGCAAGCUCUGUUUAUUUUUUCUCAAGCUGAAAACAAAACUUUUAACUUGAAAAGCAAAACUCCACGGUGUAAAAAAGACCUUUUAGAGUUAUGUUAGUAUGUUUGGGAAAGAAAUAUUCGGUUAUUGAACCUCUUACUGUGGUUAAAUCACAGAGGUGAAGCAGCUAAGGAAGAACUUAACAGGAGGAGAUGUUGCACUCGGUUUGGACCAAGCCUAAAUCGGUGAGCAUGCAAGGCAGGAGGAUGUUUAUGAUGAAAUAAAUAUAGGGAUAAAUGUUAUUCUUAAAUACUGUGUUUUGAUUUGAUUGCUUUGUCUCAGAGAAGGAUAUUGCUGUAAAAAUCAAAAGAGGGCAGUGAAAAUGCCUGCAGAUACAAAAAAAAGGCACAUUAAAAAGAUGAAGGCUGUCUGGGUAGGGAGGCCAGCAAGAAGUGUUGCACAGAGAUGUGGCCCAUAUUCUAGCAAAUAAUACAAGGAUGUGAAAAUAAAAGGCAGUUUUAUUCUCUAUUCUUCUAUUUUAUACAAACUUGUAUUUAACUGCUGACUGGGCUGCUCAGAACUCCCUGCGUUUGUUUCCUUUAAAGCACUAAGAGCAUUCAUGGGGAAAAUGAAGUAAAAAUAUCUUUGUGGAUAGAAGUAUUCUGAGGCUUUUUAUCUUCAUACUUUAGAGCACAAGAUUAUCACUAAGCAAAGUUGGGAAGAAUAUUUGUAAACAAGCAUUUUGCUGGCACACAAGCUAUAGCAAAAUACAAUUUGGCUUCUGGUGUUGGUUCGAGAUGCAGUUCUAUAUUGAUGCUGUUCUGAGAAAGUAAAAAUAAAAAAAUAGAGAGUAUUUUUAUGUGUUCAUACUUCUUUGAUAGCCAUCGCAGUGUCACCCAUCUUUGUCCCUGCUUUUAGCCUUCUGUUUGGUUUUUUAAAAGGAGCCCUCACUGAGUGAGACUUGGGGACCAACUUUUUGAUGCAACAGACAGGGACGGUUACAGUCCUGGUUUGUUUCAGAGCUGCCUAUCAGAAACCUGUGUGAGCAAGGGUGGUGGAGGAUUUAGUCAGUCCUAACGUGCUUUCUUACUGGAGGAACUCAGGAAUAGAGCUGUCAGUCCCCUUUCCAACAGAAUGAAUUAAUGGCUACGUUUGCUUGAAGAGCAAAGAGGAUUUUUUCUUCUGAAUUUGCAAAUAAUUGUGAAAUGAUGUUUGAAUUAUCAAUCCUUCUGGUGUUUUGAGAGACGGUCAAGAACAGGUCCAAGAAGAGCUCUAAGAAGGGAAAUAGCAACAGCAGCAGCAGCAAAUUGCCUCCCGUUUGCUAUGAAAUCAUUACCUUGAAGACCAAAAAGAAGAAGAAGAUGGCUGCUGAUAUUUUUCCCCGAAAGAAACCAGCCAACACUAAUACAACUGCUGUCCAGCAGUACCACCAGCAAAAUCUCAAUAACAACAACACUAUUCCAGCACCAAACUGGCAAGGACUUUAUCCGACCAUCAGAGAGAGAAAUGCAGUGAUGUUCAACAAUGACUUGAUGGCAGAUGUUCAUUUUGUGGUCGGGCCACCAGGUGGGACCCAGCGGCUGCCAGGACAUAAAUAUGUCCUGGCUGUUGGGAGCUCUGUAUUCCAUGCGAUGUUCUAUGGAGAACUUGCUGAGGACAAAGAUGAAAUCCGUAUACCAGAUGUUGAGCCUGCUGCUUUUCUUGCAAUGCUGAAAUACAUAUAUUGUGAUGAAAUUGAUUUGGCUGCAGAUACCGUCCUGGCCACUCUUUAUGCUGCCAAGAAGUACAUCGUCCCUCAUCUUGCCCGUGCCUGCGUCAACUUCCUAGAAACAAGUCUAAGUGCAAAGAACGCCUGCGUGCUGCUUUCCCAAAGCUGCUUAUUCGAGGAACCCGACCUGACCCAGCGCUGUUGGGAAGUGAUUGAUGCCCAAGCCGAGCUAGCUUUGAAGUCCGAGGGCUUCUGUGACAUUGAUUUUCAGACGCUUGAAAGCAUUCUCCGAAGGGAGACUCUGAAUGCCAAAGAAAUUGUUGUUUUUGAAGCGGCUCUGAAUUGGGCUGAAGUGGAGUGUCAGCGACAGGAGCUAACUGCCACCAUAGAGAAUAAGCGCAAAGUCCUCGGGAAGGCGCUGUACUUGAUACGUAUCCCUACCAUGGCACUCGACGACUUUGCAAAUGGCGCUGCUCAGUCCGGGAUUCUGACUCUCAACGAAACCAAUGAUAUCUUCCUUUGGUAUACAGCUGCCAAAAAGCCAGAGCUGCAGUUUGUAAGCAAGCCCCGGAAAGGCCUUGUUCCUCAGCGGUGCCAUCGUUUCCAGUCUUGUGCUUACCGCAGCAACCAGUGGCGUUACAGGGGCCGGUGUGACAGCAUCCAGUUUGCUGUUGAUAAGAGAGUGUUUAUAGCUGGCUUUGGGCUAUACGGCUCCAGCUGCGGAUCAGCAGAAUACAGUGCCAAGAUUGAACUCAAACGACAAGGAGUUAUCCUAGGCCAGAACUUGAGCAAAUAUUUCUCAGAUGGUUCUAGUAACACUUUCCCUGUGUGGUUUGAAUAUCCAGUACAGAUUGAGCCUGACACCUUCUACACAGCUAGUGUGAUUUUGGAUGGUAAUGAACUCAGCUAUUUUGGACAGGAAGGAAUGACAGAAGUUCAGUGUGGGAAAGUGACUGUUCAGUUUCAGUGCUCUUCGGACAGUACAAAUGGCACUGGGGUACAGGGAGGGCAAAUUCCUGAACUCAUAUUUUAUGCUUGAAUGUGUGGAGACAAAGCAUUUUUUCCUAUGAAAAACCUGUCUAGUUCAGACCUACUGACGCUUAGCUUUUUAUCUGCAGAUACAUGAUCAGGACAAGUUAUUUGUCACAAACGCUAUGGGCAAAUUAAUGGCUUGCUAUACUUGUAGCAUCAUUGGUGAUGAAGUUUAAGUGUAAUAUUUAACUUCUAAAUGGAAGCUCUUAGAAAUAAGCAAGUUUUGAAUGCUUAGUGAGAGAGAUACCUGUUUGUUGGCGAUGCUGACCCUUGCUUUGAUGCACCUGAAUCACCAGAGGAUGCCCUCAUAUCUUGUGGGUUAUGGAACUCCUUCCACCAAAUGCUGUCAUCUUUGAUCAGUUUUCUCUUUCUCCAUUCUCCGCUCUUUGCUUGUAACUAUUUGGGGAGACGGGUAGAAAACAAGGAGCCUUGUUUUAUAGCUCUCUUCUGUGUACUCUUCAAACUGAAGAGAUUCCAAUUAGCUGAGCUGAUUUUGAUCAUGGAGGCUAACAGAAGUGCUUCAGUUCUAAGCAGAAAAAGUAUAGGUUUAUACCAUCAUCCUGAGAGAUUCUGCUGUAGCCAGCUGUUUGAGGAAGCUACACAGCAUGCUGACCACAGUGCAUGGACACGUUUACAGUGAGUAAGGGUUUGGGCUUGACAUGUGACCUUUAGAGUUCAUAUUUCCAGGAAUCCCAUCUUGAAGGCAAGGAGGUACUUGCACACGUUCAAAUUAUAUACACAAGUUGAAACCUUUACUCUUUUGACCUAAUUUUGCUACAUUGAAGUUGAUUUGCUAUUUAAAUUGCUUUUCUUCAGAUCCUCACUAAAUAAACAGGAGUUAAUAUCUAGCAUUUGAUGUAGGACAGUUUAUAUUUUUCUUAUUUCCUUCCUAAACAUUUUAGAAGCAUGUUGUAGAGAAACAAAAGAACAUACUGGUCCCAACUUAGACUUUUUUUUGUCCCUAUGAGAAUUUUGAAAGAGACAAGAUUCCCAACUGUGGUCAUGUUACAGUUAGUGUAUAUCAUUUGGUAAAAGUAAGGAGGAUCUCUUACAACUGCUUAUGCAGAAUCUUCACUGUAUCUGAGUCCUCUCUCAAGCUUCUGGUCACAUGUCUGUCAUCUCUGGAAAAGUAUUAGGGUUCACAGCUCUAUUUGGGAAGGAAAUAAGUGUAAAUAACAGAUGCAGGUACUAUUUAAAUACAAGAUCUUUCACCCUUGCAUUGUGACAAACUUGUAUCUCAGAGGGACCUACUGUAGUACAACUCAUUUAAUCUCUGAAGUGGAUUCUUUUGUGUGUGUGUGUUUUAACAAAAUGAGAGGACCAAAUAACUAUUAAGGCAGUCUGAAGAUUAAUAUAUCAACACAUUAAUGUAGCACAACCCGAAAUUGACUUGUCAAUUUUGUAAUGAAAAUCUUUUUCCCAUAACAUUUCUUAUCAGUUUGACACUGUUACUCUUAAGUGUUUCUUGACAGUGGGAACCCUGGCCUCUGGCCAUUGUUAAGUGCCAGCACAUUUUCGCAGUGUCCAAAAUAUCAUCUGAGAUAAUAAAAACUGGAGUGUAGGUAACCAACGCUUUGUGGCCAAAGCUCAGCUCUUUCCACUAGGUAACGAGGGAGAGCCAGGCAAGAAACUACCCCACAAGAUCUAUGCCUUUCACCCAUCUUACUGUUCAGUGUUUUAUAUACAUAUGUGUGUGUGUGUGUGUGUGUAAGCAACAUUCCUUCUGAAAUGUAAAUACCCUCAAAAUAUGGUGAUUUUUUUUUCUUUUAACAGAUGUACAUAAUCCAGACUGUUACUGACAUUUAAACAGAAUGGUCCACGGAAAACUCACAGAAAGAGAUUUUAAAACAGCCACCAGUGAAAUAUAUUUAGAUGUGCAGCCUAAGAUAAACAAGAAUAUGUGGACUGGAGAAAGAGUUGCUUAAGAGACCGCAAAAAGGAGUCUAAGAUUGUUGUGAGGUAAUGGUCAUCUACCUGGAGAGAAUGUUUUGAGCAGCAAUUCCAUUUAUUUAAAUUCAUUUGGAAGCAGAGCAAGACGCUAAUCAGCCUGCUGAAUUUUCUUACAGCAAGUGGUUGACACAAAUGUAAUAAUUCAGAGUGAAUAUUGGAUUGACAAGCUGCUUGCAGUAGCAAGCUGCAUUCUGAGCUUAGGGAAAAAAAAUGAGGUGCCUCAGCUGUUGGGACAAAUCAGUACUGCACUGCUAUAACUAAACUCUGGUUCUCACUUUUAAUUUUGUUAGGGUUUUUUGCUUGUCUGCAAAUAAAGGUAAGCUAUCUGCUACGUUGGCUGGAGUAGAUGGUAGGAGAUCAGAAUACUGUAUAGCUGUAUAAAAUUAGCUAUAAUUUAAUUAUUUUUAUUUGCUGGUUUUAUUAAAUCGUUUUGACGAAGCAGGAUGAAAGCUACCUCUAGCUUAAUUCCUCUGAGUCCUUUCCAGGUGUUAGGAGCUGCUGCAUGUCGUUUUUUAAUACGGAUCAGUAAACAUAAGCACUCCGAAACAGCUUUUGAGCUUGAUUGUGAGCCCUGCUUGAUGCUGACAGGUGCUGCUGUAUCGAGAAGGUGGCUAGUUGUAGUCCCCUUAGGACGUCCAGGCACUUACUUAGGUGUCCACGUGUGGACUUGGUCAGUUUAGCAGUCGUAUCUAAGCUUGAACACAUGGAUGUUCUGCAAGCAUCAGCCGUAUCAACCUGGAUUGUAAGCAUAAUGUCAAUAGAGAUAACUUUUGGUAGAUAGUCUUAAUACUGUACCUGGCCACCUUCGCUACUCGUAUGUUUGAUUUUCCUGGUUAGGGGAAUCUGUGAUAGAGAGUAUAAUGUAAUAUACUUUCUGCGUAUCUAAAGUAGUAUUUAAGUAAACACUUUAAUUUCUACAUGCUUAUUGCACUGAACUGUUUUAUUUGUUGUUUGUUUUGGUUUGUUUUUUUAAUGUAAUUAAAUGCAGCUAACUUCAGGUAACAGCACCCGUUUGUGCUGGAGCAGUGUUUGACUUUGGCAGGCUUACGGCAUUAUUUAUAAAGGACAGACGUAUAAAUAUGAAGUACCUCAUGUUGAAUGUUAUUGUACUGUAUCUUCAAUGUCACAGUGCAGAUCUUGUUGGACUCAUGAAUGUGUAUAAUCGCAUUAAACCUACGAAUAAAAAUGGUUCUUAAA